CAAUAAUUCGCCCAAAUUUCAACCCCAGUAGUCUCUCCCUUCUAUCCCCGUUACAGCUAUAUCACUCCCACUCUCAUACCCCCUCGCACUCUUUCUUUCUUAGUCUCAUAGCCUCUUGGGACUGUUGUAUCACUAUUCACUCAUCACCUCUUUUUCAUCUUCUUUCUUACAUCUCGAAAGAUCUAUCACGGAAAAAAAAUUGUAUUGGUGCGGAAAGGAGAGAAAUUUACAAAGCCACGAUACACACACACACAGUCGGAUCAAAAUUUUCUCACAAACUCCGAGCUUCGGCCUGGGAUCUUCAAAGACGCUGUGAGAUAAUAUGACGGUGAACGCUUCACCGAAACAUCCUGCGGGUUUACCUGCUUUGCCGCAUCAGACUCUCAGCGACACCGACGUGAGGAAAGGGGAAAACAAGGUUGAUCUUGGACAUGACGCCCUGGAUCUGGCUGAGACAAACGAAGCAUCAGCCAAACAAGUAGCGGACCGUCUAGAGAUCAAAAGAUUGGAAAACGAACGUGCUCGUGUGGCUCAACGUAAAAAAUUUGAGGAACAAAUGCGUCAAAUGGAAGCUCAUCAUGCUGCUGAAGAAUCACAAUUGGCCACUGACUCACCCCCUGGUGAAGCCGCCUCCGCACCGACAACCCCGCCUGGGGGAGGUCAUUCCAGAGUCACCUUCGGAUCGACGGUAUCAGUUCCUGAUAUCGCCAAAGUCAAGGAGGCGCAAGCUCCUAUUGGCACCGGCAGAGAUUUGAACGGAGUGAGGAGUGUUCCAGCUAGUCGGAGGACCAGUGGUUAUGGCGGUGCUUCCUUUGGCUUUGAGAAGCUCAGCUUGAGCGUCAUGGAAUCUAGCAAGAAAGAUUGGGCGGAAGAUGAGGACGUAGAUGCUGAAGGUGCUCAGAAUUCCGUCAAAUACUUAGGUAUGAACGAUGACGACCCUUUCCCCGGUUUGCCAAAGAAAGAUCCCAGGAUGCUUUCGGCCAGCUCGGCGGCUUUGGAUCUUGCUCCUCUUUCCCAAACACCUCCUCGAGCUUUCGGUGCCAGACCAUUCGAGACAUCAAUCAAAACGUCAGAUUGGCCAAACUUCCCCGGCGCUCAUCCCACUCGUGGCAUGACCUCUCCCCUACCAGCACAGACCAACGGCGCGGACGUCAUCGCGCAGGAUCCCAUUUUCAAUGCUUCACGCAAAGCUUCACCCACCGGUAUGGCCGACAGUGUCGCCAGCUUGCCUGCCAUCUCUAGCAAGUCUGUUCCCGGUACACCAUUCGGUCUCGGUCCUAGUAUGGGAGGUGUCAAACGAUCUGGUACCAGCCCGAAUAUGGAAAGUCUAGCUCAGAACCAGAGGGGUUACUCCAAUCCUGAUCUCGCUCGAGCGUUUGGACGUACAGGUAGUGGCUUCUCCUUACAGGAUAAUGCAAGGCCAUACGGUGCCGAUCCUCUCUAUGGAAUGUUUGUACCAAAUACCGCUCCUCUCCCACUCAACUCCGCCAUAGCGGCAGCAUUCGUUCCCGGUGCUUAUGACAAUUAUGGCUUUGACGACGACGGCUAUGGCUCUGGGGCACUUUACCCAGGAGGUUCCAUAGGAUUGAAAAACAAACGUGCCGAUGCCGAUCGAGAAUUUAACAGGUUCGCAGGGGUCCGUAUUGAAGACCUUCAAGGUGAACUGCUCAUGUUAUGUAAAGAUCAACAUGGUUGUCGUUACCUUCAACGAAAAUUAGAAGAAGGAGACGCAGGUCAUAGGGAUAUGAUUUUCCUCGAAACUUAUGGACAUUUCCCAGAACUCAUGACGGAUCCAUUCGGGAAUUAUCUUUGUCAGAAAUUACUAGAAUACUCGACGGACGAACAGAGGUCAGCUAUCAUCGAUUCGGUAGCCAAUGAUUUAGUCGCUAUUUCUCUCAAUAUGCACGGGACUAGAGCUGUGCAGAAAAUGGUAGACUUUUUGUCAGCUCCAAGACAAGCGAAACAGAUUCGAACUUUGAUUUACGCUUUGAGUAUGAAUGUGGUAGCUUUGAUCAAGGAUCUUAAUGGAAAUCAUGUCAUCCAGAAAUGCCUCAACAAACUCUGUCCUGAAGAUAACCAAUUCAUCUACAAUGCCAUAGCUGCCAACCUCAUCGAAGUCGCCACUCACCGUCAUGGCUGUUGCGUCUUGCAGAGGUCGAUCGAUCAUGCUUCCCCUGCUCAGAGGAUGCAGUUGGUCACGGAGAUUAUCUUCAAUUCGUUGUAUUUGGUACAAGAUCCUUUUGGAAACUAUGUAAUUCAGUAUAUCCUCGACCUGAACGAUGCACGAUUCUCAGAGCCUCUCAUCAGGACUUUUAUCGGCAACGUCUGCAGUUUGUCAGUGCAAAAAUUCUCGUCCAAUGUUGUAGAAAAGUGUAUUCGCGUUGCCGACCCCGAGGUCCGUAAAUCACUCGUGUCUGAAGUUCUCAACCGCUCUCGUCUCGAAAAACUUCUCCGCGAUUCAUACGGCAACUAUGUAAUUCAAACCAUCUUGGACUACUGCGAGCUGUCUCAACGCAUGGUCCUAGUUGAGUGCAUCCGUCCCAUCCUGCCUUCGAUCCGCAACACUCCCUACGGUAAACGUAUCCAGUCCAAGCUAGCCCGGGAAGAGGUCAGCGCGGUGUACGGCGGGUAUCGUAAUGGUGCCACCAACGGUUUCAGCCCUAGAGGAGGAUACCAACGUCAUCUCGGUCGUCCUCAGCUUCAACAUAUCAACGCUCUCACCGAAGUCUACGGUUCUCAAGGUGGACCUUUCAUCGCUCCUCCCUUCGGCAUGGGAUACGGAAGAGACCCCAUGACCCCUCCUUCUACUCAUAACGGUAUGCCAUACCAUGCUCCCGGUCCAGACGGUAUGCCAUGGUUACACCUCCGAGGUCAACCCGGUCAGCCUACUUCGAAUUGGGGAGGAAUGCCCGAGGGAAACGGAGGUGGUCAGGAUCCGAAUCAAAUGAUGUCGACCACAGCUGACGGUGCGACUCAACAAAUGGAGGGAAUGGGACAAAUGCCGAUGUGGAACGAAGGUCAAUACAUGCCUCCUUAUCUUAAUGGUCAAAUGCCGAUGAUGUAAAAUAAGAAAAAGAUUACUUGGUUUUCUUUCCCACUUUCUUUCCCUCUCUCACCUGAUCACCUGUCGAUGUAUACAAUCUCAAAACGAUCUCCGAAAUGUGUUAUCUCAAACAUACGUAUCAUCAAAAGUCCUUUUCCCCUUUCAUGUUUAAGCUUGUAAACCCAGCCAUGGAGAAAUGCAAUAGUGGUGAGUUGGGAAUGAGUAUUGUAUGGGUACAUCCUUGUCCCUGCUUUGCUUUGGUAGAAUAGAUAUUUAUGAGGAUUGGGAAGGGGAGGGAUAAGGAUUAUUAUCUCUUGUGUUGGUAUUUAUCUCUUCCAAAUAUCGAAAGAAGAAAUGUAUGCAUGUGCUUUUUUUUCUCUC